UGCUGAUGACGCAUCUGCCCCGCGACAUUCAACUUUAACUAGCGAGAGAGAGAGAGAGAGACGGUUUUCUAGGGACAGGCAGGUUUAUUUAGGUCGAAAAUGCUAAAAAAGAAAUGGAGUAGCGCUGAAAAGAAAAGGAAACACUCGCAGUCCGAAGAACGACACGACAGCAGCAAACGAAGAAGCGCGGAGGCCAACGUAGAGCAGGACUCCAAAGAUGAACUCGCUGACCCAGAGCUGGACAGGAUUGGUAGUGACAUCGAGGACGGGGGACUUGACCUCAGUCUGCCAUUCAAGCCCAUCACCGCUUACGUCACUGACAAGCGGGAGAUGCUGGAGCAGUGUUUCCACGUGCUGGGAGACAAGAAGCUACACAAAAUGCUGCCUGAUGAGCUCAAGGACUGUAGUUUAGAGGAAAUCAAAACGAUGUGCUGGGAGCAGCUGGAACCGAUCUCAGAGAGAAAUCUCACUCAGAUCUUGGCAGGGGAAGAAGUAACAUCUGGAAAUGAUGACAAAACCAGUCCAGGAGAGACCUUGGAAAGCCAGCAAGACAAUAAUGUGGACUCUACAUCUUGCCUAAAAGAAACUGCAAAAACUGAAGACCCCAAGCAAGAGGGUGGUGGUUCAGGCGAGGAGAGCGACGUCCUCAGCAUCAACGCAGACACUUACGACAGCGACAUAGAGGGACCCAAAGAGGAACAGACUGUUAAAGCUGUGGAAGGGCCUGUCAAAGUAACAGACAGCAUCAGGGAAGGCGCUGACCCAGUUGUAAAGCCUGAACCAGCCAAUCUUGACCCCCCCACAGGCUCUCAACCAACUGAAGCAAAGAAAGACAUUCAGAGUGACAUAGACAAAAGCGUCAGCGAGAUUUUAGCGCUGUCGGCUGCUUCCAGCAAAGAGGUAGCUGAGGAGGUACAGAGCCUGCCGCCACAGUCCACAGAUGUGAGUUUACCGGUUCAAAGUGCAGGUGCUGCAAGUGGAAGUCGUGCACCUGCAGCGGGUCCACCGUCAGUCCAGCAGCUGGAGCUUCUCGAGUUAGAAAUGAGGGCGAGGGCCAUCAAAGCCCUGAUGAAAGCAAGCGAUGGAAAAAAACCUUUGGUAACCAAAACGGUUUAGCAUGUAUUAUUAGUUGUUUUUGUAAAAAAAAAAAAAAAAAGUUAGUGUGGGUACCAUUCAAUGCAUGUUAAGUUAUUACUCCAUAUUGGAAUGAUGUUACAUGCUAUUUAAUGUGAAAACCAAACACAUAAAGACUGACUGACACUUUCUGAAUCAUUGUAUGUCUAAGGGUAUUUCUCUCUCUGGCCACUAGAUGGCAGUCUUAACCUGCUGCUGUACACUCCUGGUGAUGGUCUGAUCUGUGCUGAGGGGAGCAAGAGAUGCUUUACUCACUCGACUCAAAAUAAGCAAGGCAGCAUGAAAGUCAGGUUUUCUUAGUAAUGGUGUUAUUCAGUAUUACAGUUAGGAUAGAAAUUGGUGGAGGUUCUCCCUGAGUCAAUGUCAGAGGACGCCAGAAUAUCAGAAGGAUGUUAUUUUGUGUGUGGCAGCUUUGAAGCAUCAUGUGCGGCACACACACCUGCUGUCUUCCUUCACUGAACACCUGUUUGACUGUGUAUUACCAUGCACUGCCUUCUCUUGCCACCAGGUUUAAAUGGAUUCUUGUAAGGCAAAGAUGUCAUCGCAGACAAAAGACAGAGGAAAUCUUGAAUGAAAUAAAUCUGAAGAUAAUCAGC